AUGUUCAGAUGCUGUGCACUCGUUGCAUUUGUAUCAUGUUUUACCUCUUCGGGAGCUGCUAGAUCCUUGUGGACACACAACACAACAACUCUCGGAAAGAAAGAAAGACAAUACGCUGUCGCUUUGGAACGUGAAGCAAUCAAAUACGUUGCAGGAGAUAUCCAUGAUUGGCCAUCAAGUAAAAGAUUUGUUACCUUUCCCUAUCGCAAACCCAGCGAACGCGUUGCAAUCGUGCGAAGUGCCACAGAAGACUGGAAAGAACAUCCUGAGAUCUUGGAGGUCUUGAAGGUAAAGUGA